CACUCUGGAAAAGCCUUUCUGAUUUCGUCAUAGAACCAAUCGAGCUAGUGUUGUGAUGUGAUAAAAAAGCACUAUUAAUGAAAUGACAAGAACAGAUAUUAUUUAAAUCCAUGCACUGAGCUGCUUGUGCAAAUACUCAACAGCGAUACAUACAUCAGAACAGCAAGAGCCGACGCAGGGGAUUCCGACAUGAACACGGACCUUCAUCGUACAUGAUGCUUCAAGUGCCCCUACUUCCCUUGCGCAAAUAAACGAAGGGGAAUCCAAAAUACAAUCAGUUUGUUGGUAAAUGGAACAUUAUAUCGUGAUUAACCGCGCUGACAACGCUCAGGGACCUUCCAUUCAUCACCUCAAUGUGGAACUUGUGAAUGGCGUGCAAGCAACAUGCCGACACUGAAAUACAGCACUGAGAAUUGCCAUAACUAGGAAGUUCAGGAAACAUAUUCAGCCUACAACUCGAAUCAUUUGAAGGACCAAAGAUGGAUUCCCAGAGCCUGUUUUCAGAGUCUGGCCUCACGGAGUCCGACUCUAAAAACAGAACCAUACUUCCAGCAACUUCUACAACAGUUCCGGCAGUCACCACCUCACAAGACAAUGUCACCUCUGCGAACCUCAGCAAAGUACCUCCCACGUUGCGCUACAAGACAGAAACUGAGAGAAAGAAAAGUAAGCAGAAGGUAUCACAGUCAGACGACCACGCGAGUUCUCAACGACAAGUUAAUAAAACCACAUAUCUCACUCCUCAAAACAGUAAACUUAGCCGAGCUGUAUCUAAUCAAAGUUCCAAGCCCUCUGAGCCUCCUGCGCAAGUAUUCAGCGCGGUGGACGGCGAUCCAGACGCAGACAGAGCACGCUACGUGUGCAAGCAUGACCCGUGCAAGCACUCGUCAUGCCAUCCGAAGAAAGAAGCGAAAUCCGGCUUUAUAUGCAUAUGCGAUAAUGACGUGGAAGUCCAGCCUGGGGAAAAGUGCGACAGUUAUUACUUGAACUUUGAGCCGUCGGCCGAGCCCAUAAAGCCCCCGGGCGCCAUCACGUCGCAGGACCAGUACCCGAGUAACCCCCUGAGCGUACUUGUGAUUGCGUCUCUGUUGGUUAUGAUCCUUAUGGCUUUUGUCUACUGGCGGAGGAAGACCCUGGUCACGUUACUAAGGCAACGUCACAGAGACAAGAAAUCCGGCCAACAGUCGCCGGUGUCACUGGCGAAAAGUCAGUCUCUCCUGACGUACAACUUCGCAAGCAACCCCAAUUACUACGCUCAGGCCCCAGACAGCCUUCCUUUCCACACUCUCGGGGUCCACCUGAUUGAUAAGGAGCAGAUUGCGUUCAUAGGGGAGUUAGGGGAAGGCUGUUUCGGCAAGGUGUAUAAAGGGAAAUACGGGCCGCGAUGUCCCGAGAACCUGGUGGGAGGCGAUGCGUCUGGGGCUGAGAGCGGCAUGUCGGUGACGGUGGCGGUGAAGGUGCCGAAGGACUGCGCCGGAGUGGAGGCCGAGGCGGACUUCAUGCGGGAAGUGGAGAUCAUGUCCGCCUUCAGGCACGAGAACAUCGUGACCCUCAUCGGCAUCGUGGCCACGGACGCAGGUGGAAGGCCUUGGAUGGUGUUUGAAUUCAUGCCUUAUGGCGACCUGGCGGAAGUCCUAAGAUCUUGUAAUAAACAAUUCUAUUCCAACGACUCACCUGUAAAGUCCCUUGGAAAGGAAGACCUCUUGAGCAUGAGUGUGCAGAUAGCGUCCGGGAUGGAGUAUCUUUCGUCGCAGCACUUCGUCCACCGCGAUCUGGCCUGUCGGAACUGCCUGGUGGGGGAAAACUUGUGCGUCAAGAUCUCUGACUUCGGGAUGUCGAGAGAUGUUUACACCUGUGAUUACUAUAAGGUCGGAGGGUCUCGAAUGCUGCCGGUCCGCUGGAUGGCGCCCGAGAGCAUCAUGUACGGAAAGUUCACUCUGGAGAGCGACGUGUGGUCCUUUGGCGUUGUCCUCUGGGAGAUAUACUCCUUCGGGAAGCAGCCCUACUACGGAAACUCCAACGAGCACGUUGUUAAGUUGAUCCAGCAAGGCAUUCUUCUGAGCCCCCUUGACACCUGCCCUGCUCAGGUGUGCGACGUCAUGCGCAAGUGCUGGUCUUCCGACCCGCACGACCGCCCCAAGUUCCCCGAGAUCCUCGCGCAGCUCAAAAAUAUCAUGCUCAGCCAGAAGGGUGGAACGCCGCCCCCCACGCCUCCCCCAAUCGCCUCCUCCAUAACCUACAGCGAGCUCUGCAUGCGGGACGAGAGUGGGCUCCAGCUGGACGCCGAUCAGUACCUUAUGCCGAAGAAGCCUGAGUAUAGGGAGUACCUUACGGUGUUGAGUGAAGUGUGAGCGCCUUUUCAUGAUCCCUUGAGUACAGACAAUGUGUCAAGACCAUUUCAGAAUUCAAGGCACUUGUACUUGAAUGUGCGAAACAACAACAAUACUCUUUGAUAAUAUUUUAGUGACAAUUUGUAAAAGUGCCGUAGAAGAUUUCUGCCCAUGACCGCACCUACCAGCUUCGACCACGAGCCGCCGCAGGACACUGCAAAGCCUCACACUAUUAGUUUGCCAAACAUCCGAGAUACUGACCCCUUUAAUUCUACUUACCAAAGUAGCAUUAUGUAGCGUAUUUGUAGCUCACCAUGAAAAAAUUUACGUUUCUUUUUACAUACAUCCGUCCUAUUUCAAUGCUUUUAUUUUCUCGUAGUGUAUUCAAAAUGGAACCAGUCCACCGAUAAUUUCUUGUUGUGUUUACAUAUUAUGGAGAAUGAAGUUGACGAUUCAUCCGAAAACUUCAGUGUAUUCUGAUGAUGUAUCUCCGAGAGACAUUUACUAAAUUAUGGCUCAUAUAUGGAGACAGACACACUUGGUAUACGGUUGACCGACAACAUUCCUUUAUUUAACAGAAGAUAGAAAAUGUGUUUGCUCAUUUCCUACUUUGUACCCUUUAUUCCCUUUGCUCUGUUUAAAUAGAGGAACAAAUAAAUGAUAGGUUACCACUAGUCGUUGCAAAAAUAUAUUGUUCUCGCACUUUAUGAUUUUAUUUAUAAAUCAUAGGACAGAGGGAGACGGCCAGAGGGAGGUGGCGAGAGAUAGAGGCGGAGAGAGAUAGAGGCGGAGAGAGAUAGAG